UUACUGCCCCGGCCUCCUGCCAGCACCCCGUCCUGAUUACACCCACUACAGAGUUGGCAGGCUUAGUAGUGAUGCCAAACAAGCCGAUAGCAGAAGGCAAGAUGCAGUGGACGGCCUUCCAGCAUUUUCCUCUACAAGGAGCCUUCAUCGCUGGCGCAGUAGGCAGGGCUAAGACUCGCUUUCCUGGGAGCGACUUAGCAUUGCCCUACUUUUCCUGCUUUGAUUUCACCAGGACCAACGGCACCGGUACCGUGAUCUAUCCAACCGCGUUGCAACCGCGGACUUAUCAGUUCCAUCACGGGGUUGUGUUUUUCUCGGACAGCUGUUGGCACAGUCGCACUCUGGCAGCGGCAGCGGCAUCGUAAGCACUGCUUCAAGUUAAGCUUAUGUGGAAUUUUGCAGGUGCUCGUUUUCUCAGUUUACGACGUAAGCUGAAAAACACUGCAUCCCCUCCCGAAAUAUAACCUUGGAGUGCCCUGUGCUGAAGCCGUCGGGAUGGUAUUGCUGUGGUGCGUGGCCUGCGUCGUGCUGACAGUCUUGGCUCUCGCGACGCUUGUGAAGAUAUACAGUCUGGUCACAGUGGGCAAGUGCAGAUCAACGCGGGACAUGUCGGGAAAGACGGUGAUCGUCACUGGAGCUAACAGGGGAAUCGGCAAGGAGACAGCCCGUGAGCUUUGCCGGCGCAACGCGCGGGUAAUCCUGGCCUGCAGGGACGUGCACAAGGCACGCGUGGCGGCGGACGAGAUCUCGCGUGACACCGGCGUGCGACCUGAGUGCAUGAGUCUCGACCUGUGCUCCUUCCACUCCAUUAGGCAGUUCGCGCAGCAAGUGGUCAAGCAGGAAAAGCGCCUAGAUGUCCUGAUUAACAACGCCGGCAUUUUGGCCCCAUUGGGAAGAAGGGAGACGGAAGAUGGAUUUGAAGUUACAUUCCAGUCCAAUUACUUGGGUCAUUUCUUGCUGACCAAUCUCCUUCUCGGUCUCCUCAAGAAGAGCUCGCCCUGCCGUAUCAUCAACGUAGGCUCCAUUGCUCAUUGGUGGGGAACGUUUGAUGCUGAUGUCGACUUCAAAAAGUACAGUCAAAACCACGUAUACACCAGCACCAAGUUGUACAUGACGCUGUUCACAAUGGAACUGGCACGAAGACUGGCUGGAACUGGUGUGACGGCGAACUGCUUGCAUCCAGGAUUUGUUAAGUCGGAUUUUGCGGACCAAGCUACCGACUUCUACGCAAGGACAGUUGGCUUCUUCAUUAGUUUGUUUGGCAAGAGCGUCAGUGACGGCGCGCAGACAUCUGUGCAUCUGGCCGUAUCGGAGGACCUGGAGGGAGUCAGCGGCAAAAUGUUCUCCGACUGCAAGCCGUCUUUUGCGCCUGGAAAACCGCAAGAUGCCGAAGCCUUAUGGGAUAUCUCGCAGAGAAUGGUGGGCCUCAGCUGAAGGCCAACUAAUUCGGGUGUGAAGUACUUGAAAAAAGAAAUUAUGCAGCCA